GGAUUGCGCGUUGGAAGACAGACGACACAGAGACAUAGCUAACUAGCUAGCUAUGUUAUAGAGCUUUUAUAAGUGAACGUCGUGAUUUAAAUAGUUUUGUUCGAUAUGAAAAUGUUUAAUUGAGAGUUUUUCGAGAAUGCAUACUUGUUGAAACACUUCAACAUGGACAAGUAGAAAAAAAGUGAGAAAAUGUAGCUAGCUAAGCUAACUCUGGGCAGCUUAUUAAUAACUAACGUUAAACUCAACUGGACUUUUACAAGAACAAAUGUUCCAGCUUUUUUGGGAAAGUUACCAACUUGCUUUAUCAUGUCACAUUGAUUAUAUCUAAGUAAACAAACGAAAGUACUCGCAAGUAACUUGAGGCUUAUUCAAGAUUUAACUUAGUAUUUUUGUUUUUGCCAAGUUUGUGAACUGGAAGAGUUGCACUGUGGCAAUCAACAUAAUGUCAACAGCAUCAUCAGCAACCAACUCAACCCAACAGCAGCAACAGCGGGUCAAGCGAAGCGGUGACAGCGGGGGCUCCCCAACCAUCUCUCCAGCCGGCUGCAGCAACGGCAGCACCACCACGAUCCGGUUGCAGCCUAUUCGUGCCACGGUGCCAUACCAGCUCUUGCGUGGAAGUCAGCACAGCCCAACCCGCUCCUGCUCCUCUUCCUUCACAGUCGCGAGCAAUACAGAACCGACAUCGACGUCCCCUUGCAACAGCCCCUCCAGCCCGACGCAGCUGCUGCUCGCGAACCCGGGUGGAAACGGCUCGGUGGAGGGCAGGCUGGUCGCAAGGCAGAGACGCUCGCCGCUGGACAGCAAAAGCUCACCUGAGCGGUGUCCGAUCUCGCCUGUUUUCAAAGUAGAGAGGUCCAAGCCCCAGCAGCAGGUGCGUAACUUGGGAGCCAUUCGGCGGACUUCAUCCCUGGGUACCAUCACCGGCCCCUACCUUACCGGCCAGUGGCCUCGUGACCACCACGUGCACUACCCCUCAUGCAUGAAAGAUAAAUCCACUCAGACACCUGGAUGUUGGAGUGAAGAAGCAGGAGAGAGGAGGAGCACACACCAGCGCUCGGCGUCUUGGGGCAGCGCCGACCAGCUCAAAGAGCAGAUAGCCAAGCUCCGGCAGCAGCUGCGUGGCGGUAGUAAGCAGCAGCAGGGAGGUCGUCAGUCUCAGUGUCAAAGAGACAAAGACAGCCUGUCUCCUUUACAGGGACCUAUCAACACCACCGCCAACCAAGCACAGUGGUCCUGCAUGUCUAAGUCAUCUCAGAUGUCCAACAUGACGGUGCCCAAGCCCUCCAUCACCAGAGUGCCCAGCAGCAUGGAGGGAAUCAACCACGAGCUGGAGAAGGUCUUCAUCAGAGACAACAACGGAGAGAAGGAAGAGCUCAAGGUGUUGGAGGUACCAGAUGGGCGGCGAGCCCCCUUUCCCCCCCAGCAGCGUAGCAGCAGUACCCGCAGUGUGGACACACAGACUCCCUCUGCCCCCGGCCGCUCCAGCAGUAGUUCCAGCCUGUCCCCCUGUCCCUCUCCUGCCUGUCCCCCGGGGUCCGGCUCACAUGGGGGCAGCCCUUACUCCACUGACGAUCUGCUCUACGACAGGGAUAAAGACAGUGGCAGUAGCUCUCCGCUGCCUAAGUUUGCCUCGUCUCCUAAACCCAACAACAGCUACAUGUUCAAGAGAGAACCUCCAGAGGGCUGUGAGAAGAUCAAGGUGUUUGAGGAAGUGAGCUCCAGGCAGUCAGCGUCCGUCCCUCUCUUCUCCUGCCCCGACAAGAACAAGGUCAACUUCAUCUCCACCGGCUCCGCCUUCUGCCCCGUCAGACUGACCCCCGGUGCCCUGCACCUCUCUGUGACCUCUCACCCCGAUGAUGACCCCGAGGCCGGCCCCAGCUCAAUGAUGUCAGCAUUCUGCCGUGUCCUCCCCUCUCAGGUCCACACCUCCACCAGCACAGACGACGCUCCCACCCCCGAGGAAGCUGCCCCUGCAACGCCCAACUCUCCCCAGCAGGGGGAGACACCAGAGACUGCCCUUCAGGCAGACAGCCUGGCCAUCAGCUAGACCUGGGCAGAGCUGGCCUCUGUCACAUGGUUCUGUUUCUUAUUGUUAUUAAUCAUUUGAUUAUUACGCCCCCACCACCACCAUCAUCAUCAUCACUGAAGUCUGGUCUCCUUUCUCUAAAUGACCUCCCCCUCCUCUUCUCUCUGUCUCUGCUGAACUCUACACACUCUGCAUGGCGUAGUGCUAGCAACAAUGUACCUGACGACGACGACAACAACAACAAACAACUGAGAAAACAAAGACAAGUGUCCCACAUGUUCCUAGCCUAUUCCUAAAGCACUGUUCCUGUCAGAGAUAGACAU